AUGUGGUACCUGUACGGGCGUAGCUCUGAUGCCGAGCAGCUAGAGAAACAUCAGCUCUCAAUUCUUCCUGCACUUUUAAUGCAGAAGGCUCCGUGCAAGCGCAUGUUCCCGCAGUUCGUGGAUACAAAACGGAGUGCCGCUAACGUGGAGGAUGUUGAAGAGCUCAGCCUGGUGGAGCUCCUUGAGGCUGAUGAUGACCCGACAGCACUGGUCGAAGUCGAGCAGGUGUCGGGGAAGCCUAAAGUCCCUGGUGCGCAAGCCUAUGUGAACCGUUUAACUUACCUCUCACUCGUUUCGGCGCGUGCUGUCAUGCACGCCAACGACGGAAGCCUGGCCGAGAACUGGAUUAUCGAGCGGGGAGGUUGGCAACUUGACCGUGUCAACAAAGCCUUUGGGUACAUGCUGGGUACCACGCAAGCCGACCAAAACGUUGCCCGCGUACUGAGCGGAUGGAAGCCGAAGGAAGGUGCCCGCCUUCCUUCGCUGUGCGCACUCGACGACCCCAUCGGUGAGCGUGCAGGUAAACUGCAGGCCCUAGUCUUCUCGAGCACGCUGGGGUUUGACGACACAGCACUCAAUCUUGAUGACGGUGUAGCUGAUGUCUUGAUGGCGACACUCGUGAUGCACUACCCCGACAUGCUGAUCCUGUCCGACCAGAGCGACUUCAUUCUCCGGAUGCGAGAAGCCAUGGAAGCUCGGGCCAUAGGAGAGUCGGAGGUGCUGGCUUGGAGCGAAACAAUCCUGCGUGCCUUCACCCCUCCGCCUCCCAAGGUUGACCGCAUGCCAAUGACGCCCACAGUGGAGGAGCGGCUUCGAGCACAGUCAGACAUAGCAGCACCAAACGCGCUUGAAGGAGCUUCAACGUCAGACGGGCUGAGCCCUGUCACCGUGCAGCCACCGGCCACCAAGUCCGUGCGCCCGAAGAAGAAAGGCUCGCAGCCGUUGUCGGCACUCUGGUACGAGUGGUUCACUGCCGAGCCUCGUGUAUACGCAUCACGCUCUGUCAAAAAGACAACACUGUACGAGUUUAGACACGCCGUAGGAUACAUGAUGCUGUUCUUACCGAAUGGCUUCGCACUAGACGUAGCCGCCUCUGCGUUCAAGAACGAGGUGCUCAACAUGGGGCAGCAAGCGCAAGCGAACGGUCUCGCCUUCUUGAAAGCAAACGGAUCUUCGGCUCUCGCUGCCGGCACCGCGUUGAAGGCUCUGCUCAAGCUACACAAGACCGGCAAACUCGAUGCCCUGAUCGCUGACUUCCACGAGCGCGUCACCAAUGAGGCACCGUCGCGGCUAAGCCAGCAAAUAGCAGCAGGGCCAAACCAGCUGUCCACAACGCCGUCGGCCACUCUCAACAUACCACUGCUGGCCUCAAGCGCCAUCACCUCGCCCGAGGCCACGCUGCUGUCCACGCAUCCACCGCCCCGCACGACCUUCUCCAUCUCCACCGCCCCGCGCGGCACCACCCCCGAACUGCUGCCCCUGCUGGCCUCGAGCGCCAUCACCUCGCCCGAGGUCAUGCAGCUGUCCUCCUUGCCGCCAACGCCCGUCUUGCUCUUGGUCCUGCUGGCCUGGGGGUCCUCUGCACGCCCGAGCACUCGUCCGUAUUGCCGCUGCCCGCUGUGUGUCCGGCUCCGAAGCUAA